AUGCCACCAAACGCAGCAGUGGGUGCUCCGGGGGGAAAGAUCAACCGGCUGCGAACGGAGCUGAAGAAGAAGCUGUUCAAGCGACAGCGGGUGUUGAUCCGGGAGUGGCGACUGAAGCACCAGGUGGUCAGGGCUGUGACAGACGAAGGGCUGAUCACGAGGCACCACCUCAAGAAGCGGGCGUCCAGUGCACGUGCCAACAUUACUCUGUCUGGGAAGAAGCGCAGAAAACUCCUCCAGCAGAUCCGGCUCGUCCAGAAAGAGAAAGCAGCCAUGGAAGUGGAAGCCCCCCUCAAGUCAGCCAGGACUAGUGAACCACAGCCCAAAUCAAAAAAGAAGACAAAAGCCCCCCAGGAUGUAGACAUGGAGGACCUUGAAGAUAAGAGCUAAAUCUCACACCCCUUCCACCAGAAGAUUCUCAGCUGGAACCAGGAGGACUUGAUGGUUAUUUCAGAGGACUUUGGAGAAAGCGUUGCUCCUUUUCACUGUCCCCAGAUUCCUCUUCCCUAACGGCCUAGUGACCUGCCCUGGAGGGAUGUAUUGAGAGGUAGAGGGUAGAAAAGAAAGAUUGGAGAGGGGGUCCUAAGCAGUCAACUCCAUUUGUAAUAAAGCCCUAGCAUUUUCACUGAGAUGUGUGUGAUUAAAUGUAGGAAUGGGGAUAGGCCAUGAAAAGGGGCUGUGAGUGUGGAAACAAGAAAAUUGGGAAACAGGACCCACAGUUCUUACUUGACCAAAGGCAACAAGAAACCACCCUCCAUGAUGGCCCUGUCUCCCCGAUGAGUGACACUCCAUCUUUCCAUUUCUGACAAAAAUAAGGUGUUCUGUAGAGAUGGCAGAGGAGGUAAGGGUCUUGAUACUGGCCCUUCCACCUCCUCUGUGUGACCAGGGUGGACAAGUGACCGUGGUUGUCUCUGCUUCCUUUGCUGGAUUAUAUUUUUAAUAAAGUGAACAUUAUUUUUCCCUU